CUGCUUCCUCACAUCUGCUUCAUGAAUAUGAAGAGUUGUGGUCGGAGGACACAACAUGUGACCUCCAGGAAAUGCUGUGUGCCUAUAAAGUUUUAGCUAAAAACAGUUAAAAAAAAACCAAACAGCAUAUUUUGCCUUCAAAAUAUGAGGACUCGCAGCUUAUCCUCUCGUUGCAGAGCUCAGGCUGAAGCGUGUGGGUCAUGCCUGCAGCUGGCUUGCUUUAUUUUUGUUUUUUAAUCUGCUCCCUGCUGAGUCACUGCUUCCCCUAAACGCCCCGCUUUCGAUUUCCAUUUCCUUUAAAUCGUCUGUCUUCUGGGCGACCAGCAGGUGUCGCUGCUGCGCCUCGUAACUUUUCAGCAGUUUGUCAGAGUUUUUAAGUUGAGAGGAGAAGAGUCGCCGUUUCUAAUGGGAGGGGUUUUGUUUUUUUUGUUUUUUUGAAAUUGUAACUUUUACUUUGCUCUUAUGAAAUUCCCACUUCUCCCUGAUUGGAGGAACCGGGAGAAGCGUGAUAAAGACAUGAUGUAACCAGGAGAAAUGCAUCAGAGGGCGUGUGGCUGAGAAAGAGCUGGCUUUUUGACUUCUUUGUGCUAAAAAUAGGCGCAUUAGCUCUGGGAUAGAGGCUAAUUUGAAUAGUUAAAAACCGAUUUGCAUAUGCGCUGAAGCCGAUAUGAAAACAAGACGAGCCGCCGAUACGUGCGGUCAGUUUACAUACAUAAUGAGGGGGGAAAUCGGCUUUUAAGGGUAAAAUGUCUUUUCUGGCCUCACUAUGAUGCAUUAUGCAAAUCAAUAAAGCGCCGUUUGAUUAAAAGUUUGGUUCGUGCUGUCGCGGGGGGGGUUUCCCGUCUGUGAGGUGACGUUACGCGCGGAGGGGGAUUUCCACGCGUCUAGCAGCCAAUCGCGAAGCCUGCCGGAAACACAAAAGCGGAGCACACUUAGGUUCCACGCAUGGCUUCGGGACGGUUUGACAUUUCUCCCCGGGAUCAGACAGACACUCUGAGCCGCUGUGCAGUCUAACUGGUGGUUUAAGGAGCUGUUUCAGAGUUUAGGACGAAGGUUUGGGCCGAGACGGAAAAAACCGAGAGUCAUCCGGUUUGGAGAGUUCUCAAGGAAGAAUUCAAGGACACGACGGUGGAGUUUAAGGUCCUCAAAGUGGUCUUAAAGACUGGACGCAUGCCAUGAUAGACAUGGACAUGGUCAACGGUACCUCUGCAGAGGAGACAACACCCCUUCCCGGGAUUGACCCGCAGGACGACAGUUAUUCGAGCCUCAACUCUAUAGAUUUCGACCUGAUUCAAGAAUAUAUCACAGAAAGUGAGCAGGUAGCACCCUCCCUAUCUGGACUACCUGGACCACCUCCUCCACCUGCUGGCCUCCCCUGUUCGACACCAACCCCCAUCCACAAACCAACGCAGACAUCCAAGCCGGUGCUGGUUGCAAGAGGCACCUCGUCUAAGAUUCAGGGUUCCAUCGACAGCUUAAAGAAAGUCAACGUCACAGUUUCUUUGGUGACCAAAGACCUCCCACACCGGCCUCACCCCCACUGCCUCGUGGGUAAAGACUGUCCAAAUGGUACAGGGAUCUGUUUUGUCACAUUCAACCCUCGCAACAACCGACGUCACAGCUUCGCUAACCUUGGUAUUCAGUGUGUGAGGCGGAAAGAGCUGGACAUUUCACUUCAGAAGCGAAGAAGUCUAAAUAUCGACCCAUUUCAGACCGGGCAUUCGAAGGGCAUUGAAGACAUGGACAUGAAUUCAGUGCGUCUGUGCUUUCAGUGCGAGCUCGAGUGGCAGGACGGCAGGAAAGACCAUCUCAGCCCGGUGGUGUCGAAGCCCAUUUAUGACAAGAAGGCAACAACUACAUCACAGCUGAAGAUCACCCAUUUGAACCUGUAUGAAGGUCCCUGCACUGGCAAGACAGAGGUCUACAUGUUGUGUGACAAAGUGCAGAAAGACGACAUCGAGAUCAUCUUCAGGCGAGAGUCGUGGAAGGCGAACGGGGAGUUUGCCCAGACAGACGUGCACCGACAGAUCGCCAUCGUGUUUAAGACUCCGCCCUACGAGGACCAAGACAUCACAGAGGAAGUGGAAGUCAACCUGGCCCUGCGUCGCAUCUCAGACCAGAUGGAGAGCGAGCCCGUUACAUUCAAGUACCUGCCUCGCAAUCCAGACCCGUACGAGGUGAAGCGGAAGACAAGGCUAAAGUCAGAGGUGAACCUCAAGGAGAAGCCCUGUGUGACAGCCAAGAGCGCACCUGCGUCAGAUCAGGUCAUCCAGUUCCUCCCAGAGGCCCAAAACAUGAUGUCGCCACAAGAGCGGUCGCACCCUGUCCUGCCCGGCACACCCGCUGCGGCGGAACCGCGUUACUGCAAUCCAGUCGAUUCAAACACAGACGAGGCGGCCCUUUACAACCAGUUGGUAGACAUGCCUGAAUUUUGGGAGGUCUUCAAUAACCCAAACUUCUCCUCACUCGUGCCUGGCAACUUGGACAUCACUGCCUCCGCCUUUGCUAAUGUGGAUAUGAACUUCAACCAGAACUCCGGCUUCCUGCAGGACUUUUCCCAUUACAGUGACUUGCAAUUCAACAUGCUCGUCAGCGAGAGCCAGAACCCGCAGUUGGAGCCGCAGGAUAGCACGGUUCAGGUGAAAACGGAAGAGGAACUUUGAGGAUCGUGUAGCACCGUUUACAGCUGUUUCUGUUUCUGUCAUCUUUUAACAUCUUGGUCACUUCCUUGCUGACAGUUUUAUGUCACUGCCAUGUGAGCACAUUAAGCUAGUUUACCGCUUCCCCUUGUUUCUAGAACUUGUGCUAAGCUAACAAGCUAUCGCCUGCUUUGUUUUUAGUAUGAGACUGGUACUGAUUAGCGCAGCAGAAAACUGAAACCAUCCUUCAAAAGUGGAUACAAGUGCCAAAAUGCACAUGCUUGUCUCUCUGGAGUCAAGUUUGAAAAAUCCCAUCAGCCACUUGAACUUUCAUCACAGAAUAUCAUCCAUUUAAUACAUUUCAGAGGUUUUCUCUUGAUUUUUAAUGGAUUUGACUUUAAGUCAAAGGUAUAACUCCUACUUAAGCAAAAUAACACGUUACAUGCUGCUCCGAUGGUCUGAUGACAGUUAAGGCUGCGCAUAGCUCUGCAGGCCGAGAGAUUCCACUUUAACCCCUUUGAUGGCACUGGUUCAGAGCUCCUUUAUCCUUGGCUCAGUGCUCUCAUGCUGGCACACGUAUCCAGUUCAUCCCAGACAAUGGGUGAGAGGUGGGGCUCGCCAUUUACCGUCACACCACUUUAGAAUCGGCGGAGACCCACGCACAACUGCGCUGCUAAGCUGUUUGUUUUAUUGGCUUACUCAUGUCUAAACACAACAAGUUAGUCAGUACUGAACACUUAGCUAAGUUUCACACCAGUGAUCAUCAGUGUCUGAUCUUCUGUGACAACUUACAGUCAGUUUUGGGUUUUUUUUCCAUCUGAGUGUUUUCUGUUUGAGCUGGCACUCAAAGCAGUUUUUUCACUGUAAGCCACACACACAGACGUCAGAUUCUAUUAAAAGUGGUCCAAGGAAUGAUGCUGUGGCCUCUUUCAGCAGGAUAAUACACCUUGCCACAAGUAAAAAAAGGUUCAGGAACAUUUUAAGCCAUUGACUUGGCCUCCAGAUUUCCCAGAUCUCAGUCUAAUUGAGGAUAUGUGGGAGCUGCUGGAGGUCUGCGCCUCGAUGGGUCAGGGCUAUUUUGGCAGCAAAAGGGGAACCAACACAGCAUUAGGCAGGUGGUCAUAAUAUUGGGCCUGAUCAGCAAGCUGUUUGUUCAGCUUUUUCAGUUCGUUCACUUCUGAUUAGCACACAGGGACCUCCCACCACCAGUCCCCUAUAUUAUGUCGUCUGUCAUUAUCAACUUGAAAUGCUGUCAAAUGUAAAUACAAACUAGUGAAUAUAAAAAUAACAAACGCUUCGGCUAUCUUGAAUCAGAGAAGAAUAUACGUGGCAUUUUUGGUGCUUGUAUCCACUUGUGAACAAUCUUCCUGUAGUGAGUUAUCUGCUGCGCGUGCUCUGCUAGACUGCAAAACCAUUAUGGAGCAGAGUGCCUUCUUUCCUGCUGCUGCUUUGCACUUUGUUGCCCUGUAUUUAACC